UGUCCCUUUUCACUUCACUUUCUUCCUCCUUCUUUUUUUUUUUUUUUUGUUCCACCUUUGACUCCUCAUGGCGUCCAAACUGAACCCGAACGUCCUGUACGUGGCGGAUCCUGGCGAGUCGCUGGGGUCGCCCCAAGCGGACUCUGAAAGGACUCAUAUCGCCGGAGAAGCCGGAGAAGAGUCGUCAGACAGCGACGGGGAGCAAGAGGAGACGUCGCACAAGCUGAUCCGCAAAGUGUCGACCUCGGGACAGAUACGGGCCAAGAAAAGUGUAAAGGAGGGAAUCCUGUUAAAGCAGACGAGCUCCUUCCAGAGAUGGAAGAGGAGGUACUUCAAACUUAGAGGGAGGACCCUCUACUAUGCCAAAGACUGCAAGUCUCUGAUUUUUGAUGAGGUGGACCUAUCAGAUGCCAGCGUGGCCGAGAACAGCACCAAGAACAUCAAUAAUAGUUUCACGGUGAUCACGCCAUUUCGAAAAUUAAUGCUAUGUGCCGAAAGCAGGAAAGAAAUGGAGGACUGGAUCAGUGCUCUUAAGUCCGUCCAAAAAUGGGAAACUUAUGAGGCAAGCCAGUUCAACAUGGAACAUUUCUCCGGGAUGCACAACUGGUACGCCUGCUCACACGCCAGACCGACCUUCUGCAACGUCUGCAAAGAGGCUCUGCCAGGCGUCACCUCCCACGGCCUGUCCUGUGAAGUCUGCAAGUUUAAGGCUCAUAAGCGAUGUGCAAUUCGCUCCACCAACAACUGCAAAUGGACCACACUGGCCUCUAUAGGAAAUGACAUCAUUGAAGACGAGGAUGGGGUGUCCAUGCCCCACCAGUGGCUGGAAGGAAACCUGCCGGUCAGUGCCAAAUGUGUGGUGUGUGACAAGAACUGUGGCAGCGUGCGGCGGCUGCAGGACUGGCGCUGCCUCUGGUGCAAAGCCAUCGUCCACAUCAGCUGUAAAGAACAAAUGGGGAAGGUGUGUCCCUUGGGUCAAUGUCGAGUGUCAAUCAUCCCUCCCACUGCACUUAACAGCAUCGACUCAGACGGCUUCUGGAAGGCCACCUCCGCGUCGUGCUCCAGCCCUCUCCUGGUCCUCGUCAACUCCAAAAGCGGAGACAACCAGGGGGUCAAGUUCCUCCGCAAGUUCAAGCAGCUCCUCAACCCAGCUCAAGUCUUCGACCUGAUGAACGGAGGACCGGAGCUCGGCCUGCGCCUUUUCCAGAAGUUUGUGACGUUUCGUAUCCUGGUGUGCGGAGGAGACGGCAGCGUGGGCUGGGUGCUCUCGGAGCUGGAUAAACUCAACCUCCAUAAACAGUGCCAGCUCGGCGUGCUGCCGCUGGGCACAGGUAACGACCUGGCUCGCGUUCUUGGCUGGGGAGGCCUCUGCGACGACGACGCUCAGCUGCUGCAGAUCCUGGAGAAGCUGGAGAGAGCCACCACCAAAAUGUUGGACCGAUGGAGUGUGAUGACAUACGAGGUGCCCACCAUCAAUAAACACACACCAAUAGUGAAGGAAGAUGACAGCCUUGAUUCUCCUCUGCAGGUUCACAUCACUCAGUAUGCAGACUCCGUGGCCUCCCACCUUGCCAAGAUCCUGGACUCGGACAAACACAGUGAUGUCAUUUCCUCCGCCAAUUGCACAUUGCAAAACACUGCUGGAGACUUGCAACAAGAAGGAGACACUGCAGAGAGGAUGAAAUGGUUCCUGUGUGGGACGGUGAAUGAUUUUGUGGCGGAGGUGGGGAAGGCGUACGAGAGAGCCACAGAGAACAAGGAGGAGGCAGAUGCCAUGGCAAAGAAGUGCGCGCUGCUGAACGAGAAGCUCGAUUCCCUCGUCAAGGCCUUAAGUGAGGAAGCGGAUGCUCAGGUGGUGCCAGCGGGUUCGGUGCCGAGCCAGGAGGGCGGCAGCUCCAGCCCCAGUGAAAGCGGCGGUGAGUCGGGUUCGGAGGGUAAAACGUACCGGUCCAAGGAGCAGCUGAUGCUCAGAGCCAACAGCCUGAAAAAAGCUCUGAGGCAGAUCAUCGAACAGGCUGAGAAAGUGGUGGACGAGCAGAACCGACACACGCAGGUCCAGAGGAUGUCGUCGUCGUCCUCCAUCAAAAGAGAAAACAGCGAGGAGCUGAAGGAUGCUGAGCCACGUCAAGGAAGUUUAAGUCCGACCUCCCCGAUCGUCCUGGAGAAACCAGAAAGCCUCAACACCGUCACCUUCAACGAGGACUCUGUACAAUGUUCAGAGAAGUGUGUAAUGAACAACUAUUUUGGCAUCGGGCUGGACGCCAAGAUCUCCCUGGAGUUUAAUAACAAGAGAGACGAGCACCCGAAAAAAUGCAGUAGUCGCACCAAAAACAUGAUGUGGUACGGAGUGCUGGGGACCAAAGAGCUGGUCCAGAAGACGUACAAAAACCUGGAGCAGCGAGUUCAGCUGGAGUGUGACGGAGUUCCCAUGUCUCUGCCGAGUCUCCAGGGCUUGGCUGUGCUCAACAUCCCCAGCUAUGCAGGCGGUAUCAACUUCUGGGGAGGCACCAAGGAGGAUAAUAACUUCGGCGCUCCGUCUUUCGACGAUAAGAAGUUGGAGGUGGUGGCGGUGUUCGGCAGCAUGCAGAUGGCGGUGUCCAGGGUCAUCAACCUGCAGCACCACCGCAUCGCACAGUGCCGCCAGGUGAAGAUCACCAUCUUGGGGGAGGAAGGGGUUCCUGUCCAGGUGGACGGCGAAGCCUGGAUCCAGCCGCCCGGCAUCGUCAAGAUCGUCCACAAGAACCGGGCACAGAUGCUCACCAGAGACAGGGCUUUCGAGAGCACGCUGAAGUCAUGGGAGGACAAGAGGAAGAUCGACAGCUACCGCGCCAGCAGGCCCCGCCUUAACUCCCAGCAGUCCAUGGAGUACCUUACGGAGGAGGAGUGCGCUCAGGUUCAGCAGCUGGGCAUCGUGGCCGACACGCUCAUCAACAAGAUCCGUGAGGCAGCCAAGACCCACAAGCUGGUGGAGCAGGAGUUGGCUCACGCCGUCAACGCCACCGCCCUGGUGCUCACAGAGGCCAAACUGUCCAGCCCGGAGUUUCUGAGUCGCAGCACGGCGGUGGAAAUCGUCAACAGCAGUAAAGUUCUCCAGGCUGAGACCAUGAUGCUGCUGGAUGGAAAACUACUGUCGGAGUGUCCAGAGGAAGAGGAGCUUCAGUCGACUCUGAACAGCCUCAGCGCCGAGCUCCAGAAGCUGGACGACAUCCACUGGAUCUGUCCGCUCAUGCAGUGCUCCGAGGAGGUUUGCGAAUCGGUGAGGAGCAGCAGUAAGAGCAGCAGCAGCAGCAUGAAGCUGAAGAUCAUGCCGAAGGUGAAGAAGGAGAGAGAGAAGCUCCACAAGCAGAAGUCCAACAGCUCUCUCUCAGGAACUUGGGAUAUCAAAGGCGGGGCUGGUGAGGCAGACUCCUCAGGCAAUUGAAGACCUGCAUGAGGUGCUUUAUUACCGCUGCCGUUACCAUGACAACCAAGGGUGAGGAGCACCCCUCCUGUCCUCCUCCCCUCUAACCGUGACGCCCAGUGGCCUGACAGGUGUGAGGAAGACGAGGAAAACCAUCUUCCCAACUUUUUUUUUUUUUUUUUUUGCUAUUUCCUCCCUGUUUUACUUCUUUGUCCUCCUUUUUCUUUGUUGGCAAACAGCGAGGACUUUUCCUUCUUCUUCUACUUUUUAUUUGUUUUUUUUUUUUCAAGGGGUCGGGCUUUGCAUCGCGUUGUUUCACCACUGGCGUUCUGCUUUUGGUUCUGUUUACCUGCUUGAGCUCGGGAGUUGGCGUGGCCAGCAGCGAAUCAAACAGUUGAUGAGGAAGUUGUGAAAGACAAUGUUCUCAAAAAAGGUUGUUUUGUCUUGUUUUUUUUUUUGACAAAGAAAUGUGUUUACGUGGCGCUCUCCUUGCAUGUCGAGGGCAGCCAUCUUAUUUUAUAUCUAUCAUUAGUUGCUAUGAUCUUUUAAUGUUGUCUCUAACUUUAAUUAUUUUAUUUCUGAACUUCUGAAUAGCCUUUAGACUUUGGUUUAUUUCUAAGAGACUUUCUAAGAGUAUUUAUUUCUUGUUGCUACUGCCAUGAGAACUCCCCAACGGCAACAAAUCAACAAAAUGAACAAACUCAAACAUCUCAACCUUAUCGUCUACUGAACUGGAGAAUAUCUUAAAUGUUGCAAAAAAUAUACUGAGGAAUGUAUUUGUGUGGACUUGUAUUAACCUGUGAAUAAGAUAAUGUAACGAUAAAUCAUAUAUGAUUUCACAAAGGUUCUACUGUUGUGGUUCAAAAGUGGUUCUUAAUAGGCUGUUGUGUGACUUGUGUGGUCCGAGGCUAUGCAGCCGUGUUGCAAAAAUAACCUUUUUAUUGAUGAGUCAUUUCAUCUGAAAUUCAACCCUGUAAAAACAUCCGACUGUGGGAUUUACAGUAAGGUACAGUUAUUAUCAAGGUCUACAGACUGACUUGCAUUGAAAAUAAGUCAAAAAAAAAAAAAAUCACAUCCCACUGUACAUUUUUUCACUUAUUUUAAGAACCGUUUUAAGGUACGGUACCAGAUGAAAUGACUCAAUAAGUCUGAUAUUUUUGGCAGAGUGAGGUGAAGGUGUUUCGAAAAGGAGGAAGCAUCAAGGAUGUGUUAGCAAAACAUCACAAGUACUCAGUAUAUUACUCCUACUUUGCCAUAUUCAUGAUUGUAAAUGUAAUAUAAGAAUAAGAGUUAGUGAAUAUUUGAUUUUGCCUUGUCUGUGGUUAAAAGCUAUUAUUAUUAUUAUUAUUAUUAUUACAAAUAUAUAUAUUUUUUGUAUAUUUUAUUUUCCCAAUGGUAAUCUGUGAAGCUGUCCUAGCUUUGCUGCUUCCCCCUUUGACAAACUCCUUGGCCACUGUGCAUAUAAUCGAAGCCAGUUAAUGCUGUUGUGUGUGUCCCUGCAUGCGUACUUAGCCUUCCUCCGCCUCACAGUGGGGGCUGAAGUUGCCUCGUAAUAGUGAAUACUAGCCUGUUUGUUCCAACCAGCAGCAUUUACAGAUAUUUCUUUUGUUUUAACCUGCUUUCCGUAAGAGAUGGUUGGGGUUUCACUGUAUUUAAGAAGUGUAAUUUUGGGGGAAAAAACAGCUGUCAAAUACCUUGUUGUGUUGCCCAAACAUGGUUCAGUGAGCAGGUUAUGACUAGCAGAGAGAUUUCCUACAUCAGAAUAUUAUUUGAUGCAGCUACGGCCAAAAUAAGCUUGUGAAAAGAUCUUUGAUACAUGUGCUGCUGUGCGGAAAUGGCUAAAAUAUUGAGGUUUAAGUAAAUGGACCUAUACAGUUAUGUUCUAGAGGCAACUUCUAUCCGGUUUUACAGUAAUGAUCCUUUAAGGAAUGCAACAUUUUGGGAAAAUUGCUGUGAUACUGUGAGAUAAGAAGUUUAAUAUCUAUUUUAUCUCUGUGUGCUCAGUAAAAUAGCUCCCCGUCACGUUUAGCCUAGCUUAGCACAAAACUGGAAGAAGCGGGAAACAUUUUACCAUCAAAAGUAAAAUAUGUCUUCCAGCCACACCUAAAAUGUGCUAGUUACAUGUAUCUUGUCAACAAUCAAACUAGUUAUCCAUCUAAUUCAAGAGUCGCAAAGUUUUUUUUGUUUUUUUUUAGUGUUAAGCUAGCAACUUGACUACGACGACUUGACUUCUAAGAGGCUGUAUGUUGUCAGGAAAUACCUCCACUGUGUAAGAAAACUGCUUGUUAAACCACAUUUUCGAUUUUUGCAUGUUAAAUAUACACAUACAGUAAAUAAGACAGCUUUUUAUUUAUUGGAAGGUACUUUCGACAGAGCUAGGCUAGCUGUUUCCUCGUGCUCCCAGCCUUUGUGAUAAGCUAACACUUCACAAAGCUAACUACGCACUGAAGAGAAAAGUACAUUUUUCUUCUCAUCAAAUGCUCUGUAAGACAGCAAAAAUGCACAUUUCUUUAAAUUUUCAGAGUAUUAUUUUAAAAGUUGUAAUUGCCAGAAUGUAAUGAAGAAGUAAUGUUAGCUAAUCAAGACCAGAACUGAGUCAAAUACUGGCUACAAAUGUUCGUUAGUUGUUCCGAGUGCCAUACUGUAGGUGGAGUUAGCAACAUAAUGUAAAGGUAAAUAACGUGUUUUCCAUGAUUCACAUUUACCUGAAGCUGAUUUAUCGUGAUGCAACUCUACCACAUCUACCAACUACAGAAAGGACUAAAAAGUUAACGUUAGCUUUCAGAAAUAUUGACUCAGGUUUGAUCAAAAUGGACAAACUUAUGUGUUUUUAGCUUUAAUUUGGAUAUCACAUCCAUGAACAAGGCUGUAAACCUGUAAAGGAUCAUUUCUGUGUGUGUGUUUUUUUUGUUUUUUUUUCCUGUUCCUGUAAAGGGUUGGCUCUUGACUUUCUCAGUUAUUGACGCAUUGAUCCAAUUAACCUGAGCCAACCCUUCACAGGGCGGUGUUACUGUGAGGCGUUGUAGAUGUUCAGCUCUGGAAGGAUUGUGCUACUGUAUCCAUAGUGUGCCAGCUAUACGCUCUACACCUUAGAGGCUUUAGUGGUGUCGUGCCAAGUUUGUACUGAAUUCAGUGGGGUUAUGAGACAUACAGGGUGUGUGUGAGAGUGUGUGAGCUUACAUGCGCUUCAGAUGCGAAAGUUGUUGUACGUCGUACAUUUCAAAGUUUACUGUAUCUUGCCUUGCACUUUACGAAGAAGCAAACUUAAUGGGGAAAAAAAAGACAUUUGAGUGUAUGUGCGUGUGUGUAUGUUUAAGAUUAUGAGUGUUUACGAGUGUUUUUUUUAAAUUGAUUUGAUGACGAGAAUCUUUUAUUUAUGACAAAUGUAUACGGACAAAAGUGUGUUGAUAAAAUGUAAUAUAUCUAACCAAACAUAAAAGAAUGAUGAAUAUAUAGAGAUGCAUACACAAAUGUUUAUUACAUCGGUGGUUGUACAAUUACUCCCACAGCAGCUUGAAACCUCCCAUUUAACACCAAUGUUAUAACGUGAUCAUGUGUCAGCAAUGUCAUUGAAAUGUCAUUCCAAUGUUACGCCAAUUGGUAUUGAACUAGUAUUAAAAAAAAAAAAAUGUAACCAAUGUUAAAGUUAUUCUGACUUUAAACCAAAGUUGUUGAAAUUCUCCAGUGUUAUACGGACUAAUGAAUAGUUUACACAAAAAAAAAACAAAAAAAAAACACGUCAUGUUCAGCCUGUGUGAAGCCAAUAUUUGGGUAAAACUUUUGUGUAUCAUUUUGAAAUUGCAAGUUUUAAGACGGUCUACCUUUUUAUGCUUUAAUUAGCAUUUGUUGUGUCGAGUUUGGGGAACGAACAUUUGUGGAAUCCCUUUUGGGAAAAAUUGUGUUGCCUAAAGUUUAAUGGGUUUUUUUUUAAAUGAUGAUUUCAUAGCUUUUUUGUUAUGUUUUAUGUCUUUUUUUUCUUUUUUUUUUUCAAGUAGCGAACAUGUCAUUUGGGACUAAAACUCCUUCAAGGAGUCACAUGGAGCUGAGAAACUGUAAUGAAUCCACAGAUUACCAACACGCCACCAUGUUUGUGCAACAGUAUUCCAUAGAAGACAUUUGUGAACGCACCCCCCCUGAUCUGAACAGCCUAUAUAUCGAGACUGUGUGCGCAAUGCUGGAAGCCAGACUAGAUGUUGCACGACUCUGUACGUUGCGAGGUGUUUUAUUGUGUUAUCGUGUGCAGUGUGUAACAAAGACUAAAGUCAGCGCAACCCUUUGGAGAUUAAAUGAUUUAUUGAAGUGUGAA